AGACAAUAUGUUAACAGAAUUACAUUAGAGAAUCCAUGUUUAUUAGUAGUGCAUAGUUUACCGCAUAUGUGAUUGAGAAACAUGGCUAGUUCUUCGAGGUAUGACACAAAUAAGGUAUGUUGUUAUGCACAUCCAGAUGCACCACUUAUCGAAGAUUACAGAGCUGGUGAUCAAAUAUGUUCAGAGUGUGGAUUGGUAGUAGGUGAUAGAGUUAUCGAUGUAGGUUCCGAAUGGAGAACAUUUAGUAAUGAAAAAGCUGGCGUUGAUCCGUCACGUGUAGGUGGACCAGAGAAUCCUCUGCUCAACGGGUCAGAUUUGUCAACCAUGAUUGGACCUGGAACUGGUGCUGCUUCUUUUGAUGCCUUCGGUGCUUCCAAGUAUCAAAACAGACGUACUAUGAGUAGUUCUGACAGAGCGUUAAUUAACGCAUUUCGAGAAAUCAAUGGAAUGGCUGAUCGUAUUAAUUUACCUAAAACCAUUGUAGACAGAGCUAAUAAUCUUUUCAAACAAGUACACGAUGGUAAAAAUUUGAAAGGACGUUCUAAUGAUGCCAUUGCAUCAGCCUGUUUAUAUAUUGCAUGCAGACAAGAAGGUGUCCCACGUACUUUUAAAGAAAUCUGUGCGGUUAGUAAAAUUAGCAAGAAAGAAAUUGGUAGGUGUUUCAAAUUAAUAUUAAAAGCACUCGAGACAAGUGUGGAUCUCAUCACAACGGGAGACUUUAUGUCAAGAUUUUGUUCAAAUCUUGGUCUUCCAAAUAUGGUACAAAGAGCUGCAACACAUAUUGCAAGAAAAGCUGUUGAAAUUGACAUUGUACCUGGAAGAUCACCUAUUUCGGUAGCUGCAGCUGCCAUUUAUAUGGCAUCCCAAGCUUCGGAAGACAAGAGAUCACAAAAAGAGAUUGGAGAUAUUGCAGGUGUUGCAGAUGUCACAAUCAGACAAUCUUACAAGCUUAUGUAUCCCCAUGCAAGCAAACUAUUUCCUGAAGACUUCAAAUUUGCAACACCCAUCGAACAAUUGCCGCAAAUGUGAAAUGGAAAAUAUUUUGUUGUGCUUUUGGUCAAUCAGAAGGACACUUUCAUAUAUCGAAAAUAUAAUAGUAUAAUGGUUAUAAGUUUUUCGAAUAUAGCAUACAUUCCUAAAAUAAUAUCUUGAUAAUUAAAUGCUAUACAUCACAUAUUUUUCUUUUUUUUUUUUUUUUCUAAAAUAAUUUCAUUCAAAUAAUAGCUUCCUAACAAGCACAAUAAAAUUAGAUUUAAAUAAUUUGUUUGUGUGCGCACAUUGAACACAUGCUAAUUAAUUAUAUAUAUUUAACAUAGACAACUAAAACAAAUUUGCAUUCAUUUAGAGUUUAUCAUCGAUAAAACAAAAUUGUAAAAGUAAUCUGGCAAUUACUUAUAAAUUGAUAUAUAGAAAUUAAUUAAUUAAAGCGAUCAUUUCGAUCAGUUAUUCAAUGUGCAAAAAAAUGUAAAUAUAAUUCAUACUUAGGUUUAAGAAAUAGUAAUAAGUAUAACGGGAGUAUUAAUGUGCUAUAUUAAACGAAUAUAUUUUCAAAAUAUUAUUCGUUUAUCAAAUUGAUAAUAUUCUCCAGUAACUUGUACCUGAAGUAAUUAUCAUUACAAAGUACUUUGGUAAAAAUAAUUAAUGAAAAUUGACAUUAAUACAGCACAAUGAUUCUCUGGUUACAUUCUUUGUAAGCACCAAAAAAGGAGCGUGUUUGUUGCCUUAUCUAUAAAACUUAAGAAAGAAAAAGUAGUAUUAGAAAAUAAUUAUACUCUAUUAACUUUGAGAAAAAGCAUAAUAAAGAUAAUAGAAUAUUUUAUCUAAACGAUGAAAUGAUACACGUAAGAAUUGAUGAACCUUUUUGUUAUUAGAUAAGACUGGAUAAUUUAUAUACGUUAUUACAAAAUAAAUAAAAAUAUAUACAUGGCUAAUAAUAAUAUUAAU